AUGCCAAAAGCAUCAGCUGAAGAGCAUACACUUGCCUCUGGAAGGGCUGACAGUCUGUAUUGGGGUCACCAGACAACUGUCCCUGCCAGCGACUUCAACAUCUCAGAGAGAUGUGCAGAAGCUAGUCAUUAUCUCAACCUACAUCCCAGCUAUGCAAGAAAGACAUUGUAUACGCCCAAAGUCAAGGGGUGAGCCUUCUUGUGAUGGCCCUGGAGCCUUGCUUCAUCCUCAACAAGCAGUGCCGCUGCUAAGCCAGUUCUUGGAGUACCACCAGCUACGCGGGUCAACUUGAAUAAGGUCGACUCCCACCAAGCUAUUUGUGACCCUGAUUGACAAUGAAGCUUGCUGGCAAGAAAAUUGGUGGCAGCCUUGACAAGCGCUUGCUGACAUGAUGGUAAGUCUUGCCAAAUGUUUGCUGCUCGGGUACGCUUCUGGAACGCUGUGACCGUUGCGCAGGUAUUGAGGGCGCAAAGGAGGAGAAGAAGGAAUGGCCCCUUCUUGGUCCUGAUCAACAUCUCCUCUUUCUCUCCAAGAGCUCUACUUGUGGUGUUUCAGAGGCAUCAGACUGCCAAUUGCUACGGCAGAGAGCUCAUGGCAGCCUCAGUGAUUGGCCAUGAGCCCAAGAGUUAG